UUGAGAAGCAAUGGCCACAGAAGUCCCUGUGAAUAUUGCCCCUGAAUGCAGCCCUGUUGUUGGCACAGCAGCUGACAGCUUCAUUUGGCAGCCGAACUCGCCCAGCAUGCACGUCAUAAGGCCCAAAUCCGCCAAGGGCCGGACUCGGCCAAGUCUGCACAAACCCCAGGGCCCGGAGGGGCGCUCCCGCCGCACACCAUCCUCUCCGCCUCCAGCUGUUCCCUGCGAGUCGCCAAGCAGCCAGAAACUGGGGGUCUGCACGCCCAAAUCUCCAAGUCAGGGAGCUCCCAAUGAGAUCCCGGAGCUGCGGCAACAAGCGCCCAUCGGGGCUUCCUCUUCCCUCAACAAAUACCCAGUCCUUCCUUCCAUCAACAGGAAGACCGUGGAGGAGGGGGCCGUGGAAACCAUAGCUAAGAAGGCUGGCUCCCUGCAGCUGAGCAGCAUCCAGGCUCCCUACCAAGAGCAGACCUGCACUGUGAAGACGAGCGAAGAAGAUUCCAGAGCCCAACCUCAUUCCCUGGAGAGGAAAUUUGUCGUCCAGACCAUGAGACAAAGUUCCUACAGGGCCAGAGACCUGGAGGAACCAUCAGAUCAGGAGCCAAGGCUGCUGCUGGCUGUCAGGUCACCAUCAGGCCGAAGGUUCGUCCGCCAUUUCCGGCCAACCGAUGCCUUGCAAACUGUUGUCGCUGUGGCAGAACACAAGAACAAGGCCACCUACCAACGCUGCAGCAUUGAGACUAUGGAAGUGCCCAGGAGACGUUUCUCUGACCUCACCAAGUCUCUGCAGGAGUGCAGAAUCCCCCACAAGUCAGUGCUGGGCAUCUCACAGGAAGAUGGAGAGGGGUGGCCCUGAGUCCGCCGCCACCCAGCUGGGGUCCUGGGUCUCUGAGCAAGGAGCAUGCUUGGGUGGCAUGGCUUCCCAGGCAGCUUGGUUCCAAGUGCCAUAUGAACCUGGUACCACUGUGACUCCUGGGAUGCUCGCCCUCUGAGCAGCUUCUUUGAAGCAGUGAAAUCGGCACAUGCCCCAAGUUCAUUAAGAAGGUUCUCCUCCUCCAGCCAUUAAAUUCUCCCCACCGCUGGAGUGAAGUGUCAAGUUAACAAGGCUGUUCCUGGAGCAGCUGUGACCAGGCUUUCUUUUCUCCUUGGAUCCUUUUCUGAAGCAGCUGCCUGCCCUUACAGUGAACUCAUGCUCUCUUGAAGCCAGUGGUUUGCCUUUCUGUAUUUGAUGUAGGAUUAAACACUUCACAGAGAGGACUCUGCUCUGGUCAAUAACCAGAAAUACUGCACUGGCGUUUGUGUUUCUUGCCAGCAUCUUUAAGAAACAGGCAGUUGACCCUAUCUUGGGAGCAGCCUCUUUGCCAGGCUUGGGGGGCCCGAGUUUCUUGGGGAUUGCCAUUUGUGUGAGGUCAUUUCUGAGGAAAUAAUAGGCCUUUAGCUAAUACAAACCCCCCAAUACAUUUCUUAAAAGAGCCUGAGAGCUGGAAAGUAAAUCCUUUCCACAAGCAUAGAUUAUCCAGUAGCUACUUUACUUUUAGUAGAGAUUGACCAGGUCUACAAUUUUUGGUAGCUACUCCCUGUGUACAAAAUUUUUCCCAGACUGAGAAAAGCCAGCGUAAUCUGACGUCCUUUGCUUUUGUCAGUAAUGGAAUCUUUUGUUUUUAAAUUGCACACACCUGCAAGUCUGCAGAGUGUGUAGGAAAGCCCCCCUUGGCUUACCUGGGUGUGGAUACAUUGUCUGAUCCCCAGUUUCAGUGUCUUCUCUACUUCCAACACGGAGGCUCCCUUGAAAGGAUGGCAGUACCCUGUUCUCUGAUUUAGAAUCCUCUGGAGGAAGAGGCCUCCUCGGGCUGGUGUCACUUUGCUGUGCCUGUGCUAAGAGUCCAUGUGCCCAAACGUCUGGUUGAUGAGCAUGACGCCUGUAGCUGUGUUGCAGACCUCAGAGUCGCAUUUCUCCUACUCCAGAGUGGUGAUAUGGACAUUUGCCAAAGUUCUCUUGUGUUGUGAGCUCAGCAAGACUCCCCCGUCUCAUCUGGAUCCCGUUUAUGGCCAAAGCACCACCCAGGGUAGGGGAGACCUGUCCUCCCCGAGCCCGGCCAUCACACAGCCCUGAGUGCUAACACGCAACCCUGCCUCCUAGGUACCCAGUGAAGGCAGGCGGUCUAGAAGCGUCCUAGUGUUGCCACCUCUACAACACGUGCAUCUUGUGCACAGAUUAGGACUCUGGUUGGAAGUGUUACUUCCAGCAAAUCGAUACUUAGCCAUGGAGAUGAAUCGCAACAUCGCUCCCUCUGAAGAAGGCUCAUCUUGUCCCAACUGCAUCCCACGCCGCCCAGAUCAUUCUAGAAUAGGUUAUUUUGGAACAUUUUGCCAAGUUUCUUAUUAAGAUACCAAAUACCAUUUGGUCAGCCGCUCCUUUGUCUGCAAAGAUCAGCUUGUGGUGCCUUGGGCAGGCCCACGCGAUGGGCCACAUCCCCCCGCUGCUGACCACGCAGAAGGGCCUGGUGACUUGAGCCUGGAACUCACAGUAUAGGAGUUUCACCUCCCACCCAGGACUCAAGCACAUUAAUUCUGCCUCUGAUCUAGGAGGCUGGGGGAAGAGCCUCCCACAAACUCACACCUACUCUGCGGUAAGAAUAAAAUCCCACCCACCUGGGACUCGGUAACUUCUCCAGGCAGGAAAUCUUUAGAUCGCAGUGAAAUGGAGCAUGCUUGAAAGAGGCAGACUGUUCCGCACUUGGGGUUUUGCUACUGCUGUUGAACUUAGACUUUGGGGUGGUGGAAAAAAAUGGAAGGCAUAGAGCAUAGAAAUAGUUUAGGACAGUUUGGGAUAUGCGAACAAAGCUAGAUUUGAAACACUUUAAUCAACAUUUCUGCAGGGAUGAAAGAUGAUGAUACUAACAAUAAAAAUCCAUUUGCAUGAAACUGAGUCAGUGGAGAAACACGUCUUCUUAUUUCAGCCCAAGACUUGAGCCACCGCACACUCGUGGACAGAGGGACUUGUUCACCCCAGCUUCACUCUCCCUCUUGGCCAAGCACUUGGCUCUGCUGCUAGAUCCCAGUGCCUUCCCCAGGCGCCCAGAUGCCCACCCUUCCCGCAGCUCCGGCUCCCCGCUUCUGUCAGAGCACUGAGCCCGUCUGUGUGGGGAGAGGCUCCUGAAUUUCUCCCCCAAAUCAUUCCACAUACUCCCCUUUUGAGGUUGGCAAGAACAGGCUGCGUGAGAAUUUCAGAGUU